GAAUAGCCUGGGGGGGGCACUGCUGGGGGAAAGCUCGCAGCCCUGGAGUCCUCCCUCCCCCCCCCCCAGCAGAGGGCACUGCCGUGGGAAGCUCACAGCUCAGCAACCCCACUCCCACAGCUGGGGGCACUGCGGGCGAGGGGAGGGGGAAGCUCCCAGCCUGGAGCCAUACACUCCGGCCCCUGCGGGCACUGCUGGGGGAAGCUUACAGCACAGACCCACACACCUCACCCCCUGGGGGCACUGCUAAAAGAAGCUUGCAGCCUGGCCAUAUCUCCCCCUGGGGGGCACUGCUGGGGGAAGCUUGCAGCCUGGCCGUCCCUUCCCCCACUAGGGUCACAGCUUGGGGAAGGUCACAGCCUGGACAUCCCUCCCCACCUGGGAACGCUGCUGGGGGAAGUUCGCAACCUGGACCACCCUCGCUGAGGGCACUGCUGGGGGAAGCUCACAGCCUGGCCAUCCCUCCCCCACUGGAGACACUGCUGGGGGAAGGUCGCAGCCUGGACAUCCCUCUCCCCCGGGGCCACUGACAGGAGAAGUUUGCAACCUGGACCACCCCCGCUGGGGACACUGCUGGGGGAAGUUUGCAUCCCUGGAGUCCUCCCUCCCCCAACAGAGGGCACUGCUGUGGGAAGUUCACAGCUCAGCAACCCCACUCCCACAGCUGGGGGCACUGUAGGCGGGGGGGGGAAGCUUCCAGCCUGGAGCCAUACACCCCACCCCCUGCGGGCACUGCUGGGGGAAGCUUACAGCACAAACCCACACACCUCACCCCCUGGGGGCACUGCUGGGGGAAGCUUGCAGCCUGGCCAUACCUCCCCGCACUGGGGUCACAGCUGGGGGAAGAUCGCAGCCUGGACAUCCGUCCCCGCCUGGGAACACUGCCGGGGGAAGUUUGCAACCUGGACCACCCUCGCUGGGGGCACUGCUGGGGGAAGCUCGCAGCCCAGCCAUCCCUCCCCCAUGGGGGCACUGCUGUGGGAAGCUCGGCCAUCCCUCCCCCACGGGGGGCACUGCUGGGGGAAGGUCGCAGCCUGGACAUCCCUCCCCUACUGGGGACACUGCUGGGGGAAGUUUGCAACCCGGACCACCCCCCCUGGGGGCACUGCUGGAGCAAGCUCACAGCCUGGAGCCAUACACCCCGCCCUCUGCGGGCACUGCUGGGGGAAGCUCACAGGCCGGCCAUCCCUCCCCCAGCUUGCAGCCUGGCCAUCCCUCCCCCACUGGGGACACUGCUGGGGGAAGCUCACAGCCUGGCCAUACCUCCCCCAUGGGGGGCACUGCUGUGGGAAGCUCGGCCAUCCCUCCCCCACGGGGGGCACUGCUGGAGGAAGCUCACAGGCCGGCCAUCCCUCCCCCACGGGGGGACACUGCCGGGAGAAGCUCACAGGCCGUCCAUCCCUCCCCCACUGGGGACACUGCUGGAGGAAGCUCACAGCCCGGCCAUCCCUCCCCCACUGGGGACACUGCCGGGGGAAGCUUGCAGCCCGGUCAUCCCUCCCCCACUGGGGACACUGCUGGGGGAAGCUCGCAGCCUGGCCAUACCUCCCCCAAGGGGGGCACUGCUGUGGGAAGCUCGGCCAUCCCUCCCCCACGGGGGGCACUGCCGGGAGAAGCUCACAGGCCGGCCAUCCCUCCCCCAGCUUGCAGCCUGGCCAUCCUUCCCCCACUGGGGACACUGCUGGGGGAAGCUCGCAGCCUGGCCAUACCUCCCCCAAGGGGGGCACUGCUGUGGGAAGCUCGGCCAUCCCUCCCCCACGGGGGGCACUGCCGGGAGAAGCUCACAGGCCGGCCAUCCCUCCCCCACUGGGGACACUGCUGGGGGAAGCUCGCAGCCCGGCCAUCCCUCCCCCACGGGGGUCACGGCUGGGGGAAGGUCGCAGCCUGGAUAUCCCUCCCCCGCUGGGGGCACUGCUGGGGGAAGUUCGCAGCUCGGACCCGCCCCCCUCACUCGGCCGGGACUUCCACCCCCGCCCCGCGGCUCCGUCACUUUCGUUUUCACUUGUCAACUCGCACCAUCAUCCCCCCGCGCCACGCGCCCCCCAGCUCCGCCACCCGCCCCCCAGCGACCCCCCCGCCAUGGCUGCGCUGCGGGUCAGCCCCCAGGCCGAGGCCCAGGUGGAUUCCUUCCGGACCCAGCUCUGCACCCAGGCUGAAGCACUCGUUGGGACCCGGUUCCCCAGUAAGAUGACUCAGCUGGAUGCUUUCCUCAAGGACCCAGCACUGAACGUGGGGGACCUCGAGUCCCUGCGGGCCCCACUUGACAUCCCCAUCCCUGACCCUGCCAAGGAGAAGGCCAAAGCCGAGCGCCGCAAGAAGGAAGAGAAGAAGGAUGAGAAGAAAGACGAGAAGAAGUCAGAGGAGGAGGAUAAAGCACCCCCCUGUGGCCCCGUGAGCAGCAACGAGACGGUUGUGGGGCUGGUGAGCCGGGUGAAAGCCGAGAUCCAGGACGCCAAGGAGGAGCUGGGGCUGGUCACUGUCUGGGUUCAACUCCAGGUGCCCCGUAUCGAAGACGGCAAUAAUUUUGGGGUUGCAGUCCAGGAGAAGGUGUUUGAGCUGAUGACGGCCUUGCGGACGAAGCUGGAAGGAUUUCAGACCCAGAUCUCCAAGUAUUUUUCCGAGAGAGGCGACGCGGUGGCUAAAGCGGCCAAAAAUCCUCAUGUGGGCGAUUACCGGCAGCUGGUGCACGAAUUGGACGAGGCGCAAUACGCUGAGAUCCGGCUGAUGGUGAUGGAAAUCCGGAACCUCUACGCCAUUCUUUACGACAUCGUGGUCAAGAACUUUGAGAAGAUCAAGAAGCCGCGGGGAGAAACCAAGGGCAUGAUCUACUGAACGACCUUUCACCUCUGGCCUCCACCAAUCACAGGGCAGGUUGGAAAGAGAGGCAAAGGCGGGACUUCCUGUCUUGCCGUCUGCUGCCGAUCAGAAAAUUAGACCUUUAGGGGUUUCACGGCUGGUUUUGAUUUAAAAAAAAGGCAACAAAAUGCCAAAAACUUCACCAAAAAAGGAAACUGAACGGCCCAAAACAAAAUUGUGAAAUAAUUUUAAGGAUGCCAAAAAAAUGGAGAAAAUUAAGCAUCAAAAAAAUUAAUGAAAGGAUGAGAUCUGAUGGCAACAAAUUCUCUGCCUCCAAGUCUGCAUGAAAUGCCAAAAAUUCACCUGGUCACAAUGAAGAAAAGCUGUAAAACAGCCAAAUGAGAGAAAUUCAGUACGACAAGUGUCAUGAAAUGGAAACCAUGAAUGUAAAAACAAAUCCCAGAAACAGAAAUCCGAAACUCUGCGUUAAAUGAAAGGUUUUGCCCCCAGAAAUUUAGUUUUUUGGCAUUUUAAUUCCUUAUUUUGUCCUUUUGGCAACGAUUUUUACUUUAUGUUCCUUAGCAUUUUAAGGAGUUGCAAUAAAAUAAAAUGAACGAAUGGAAA